UUUUGAUAAACUUUGGGCCCCUCCUUGCCUCAAAGUCUUGAUUCCUUUAGCAGCUUAUCUUCCCUCGUUUUCUCACUCAGCACACCUCGAAAACAAUGGCCACUGCUUCUUUUGAGUCUUCCAAGCGGUCCGGUAACAGUGCCAUCGGAUCCUCACACGAUACGAAACCCCCAGAGUCGAAAACGAAGCCUCCGCCGCGUGUAGAUCUUUGGAAAAGAGCAUACGACAAACUGAGGGCAGAUCCAGAGACGAAGGCACUAAUGGAAGCCUACAAUGAGAUUUUGCAAAGCAUGCCAACAGAUACGAAGGCCAUUAAGGAUCCAGGCAAACAAAUGUCAGAAGUUGUUGACACGAAGCUGAAAUACUUUAAGUCUGGACAAUGGAAGGUCAAGAUUCAGGGGAAAGAGAUCAAUGUACGGGAAAAAAUCGCCGGAAUUGUGAACAUUAUCCUGGCGGUCAAGGACUUUGGUUCAACUAUUGCUGGCCUGGAUCCUGUGCAUGCGGGGUUACCGUGGGCAGGUGUUUGCGUGCUUCUUACAAUAACUGACCUAGGAUAGGUCAUUUCAAACGACUCCAAGCAGCACUCUCAAGCAACCAGCGGGUUAAAGGAAGUGGCAGAUAUUAUUCCGAGAUAUGCAGCCUUCGAAAA